AUGGUGAAGGACACAAAAUACUACGACCUCUUGGGCGUUUCCCCCUCCGCAGGCGAAAACGAGUUGAAAAAAGCAUACAGAAAAGCAGCCUUGAAGUACCAUCCUGAUAAGAACCCAUCGCCAGAAGCCGCAGAGAAGUUCAAGGAGUUGUCGCAAGCAUACGAGGUCUUGUCCGACGACCAGAAGAGAGAAGUCUACGACAACUACGGUGAGGAGGGCUUGUCUGGUGGCGGUCCAGGUGGCAUGGGUGGAAUGGGUGCAGAGGACAUCUUCUCGCAGUUUUUCGGCGGCGGCUUCGGCGGCAUGGGCGGCGGCGCCCCCAGAGGUCCGCAACGAGGCAAGGACAUCAAGCACACCAUCUCGUGCACGUUGGAGGAGUUGUACAAGGGCAGAACCGCCAAGUUGGCAUUGAACAAGACCAUUUUGUGUAAGCUGUGUGAUGGCCGUGGAGGCAAGGAGGGCAAGGUCAAGCAGUGUGGCUCCUGUCACGGUAGCGGUAUGCGUUUCGUGACCAGACAAAUGGGUCCUAUGAUCCAAAGAUUCCAGACUGUCUGUGACAGCUGUCAGGGUACUGGUGACAUCUGCGACGUCAAGGACAGAUGUACCGUGUGUAAGGGUAAGAAGACCCAGGCCGAGCGUAAGAUCUUGCAGGUCCACAUCGAUCCUGGUAUGAAGGACGGCCAGAGAAUUGUUUUCUCCGGUGAGGGUGAUCAAGAACCAAAUGUUACUCCUGGUGAUGUUGUGUUUGUUGUUGACGAGAAGCCACACGACAAGUUCAAGAGAAGAGGCCACGACUUGUCCUACGACUGCGAGUUGGACUUGUUGACCGCCUUGGCCGGUGGUGACGUUGCCUUCAAGCACAUCUCUGGUGACUACAUCAAGUUCACUGUUUUGCCAGGUGAGGUCAUCGCCCCAGGCGCCCAAAGAGUCAUCGAGAAGCAAGGUAUGCCAGUCUACAGAAACAGUGACAAGGGUAACUUGCUCAUCAACUUCACUGUCAAGUUCCCAGAGGACCACUUUGCCUCCGAGGAGAAGUUGAAGCAAUUGGAGUCCAUCUUGCCUCCAAGAGCCCCCGUCGAGAUCCCUGCUGGUGCAGAGGUUGACGAGUGUGAUAUCCAGACCAUUGACCCAAGAAGACACCAACAGAGCGCUAGACGCGAUGCUUACGACUCGGACGAUGAGGAGGGCGGAGCUCACGGACAAGGUGUCCAGUGUGCUUCUCAAUAA